CCCCUCCCCAGCACCACCCUCCGCAAUCACCGCCGUCUCCCCACCCUCCCCCUCCCCCUCCUCAGGCAACAACUCCAUAUCCCCAUUCUCUAAUAACCUCGCCCUCUUCAACACCUCCCCACUCUCUUUCAAAAUAUCCUCCAACGUCCUCCUCGUAUCCCCUAAAAUCUAUUCCCCACCCCCCUAAUCAGCCCCCCCCCUUCCCCCCCCUCAGUAGUAAGGAUAAUACCUUCAAAUGAUCCGUAAUAACAUGCCGGUUCUUACACCCCGGACACUGUAUCAGCACCGUUCCCCCGUGAUACGCUUGCUUUGAGACGGUAUGUGUGCUACGCGUUUGGCAGGGCCGGCAGGUGAAGGUUAGGUGGUAGCUUGGUUGGGGGGGUUCGGGGGUGGCGGUGGUGGUGGUGGUGGUGUUCCAGCGCCGGGUUGGAGGCGGUAUUCGUGGGUGUGGGAGGAUUAUCCGGGGUGAAGGGCGCAAGGUGAAGAGGGUGCGUAGGAGCGUGCGUGAUAGGGGGUGGAGUGACAUUGUGGUUUGUGGUCUUUGCGGUGGUGGUGGUGAAAGAGUGGGUU